AACUAAUCCAAAAGCUAACAUUAGCAAAGUAAGCUAAUGCUACAGUCAUUGUGCACUGAACAAGCAUUGUGCUGCUGACACCCAGGUUGUGGAUUCAUAUCUAGCCACAUGAGUUGCAAGUGACUUCUGUGCUAGUCAUGAGUGGGAUAAAUAGAGGGGUUGUGUCAGGCAGGGCAUCCAGCGUAAAAUGUUGUCAGUAACAACCAUGUAAAUCAUUUGCUGUGGCACCUGACAGGAAAAGGCUGAAAGGAGUUUACCUUACAUGAAUGUGAAUAACAAAUAACAGUGAAUAAUUUGGUUUCUAGGUUCUGAAGUGCAGAUGUGGAGACAAGUGGAAACAAGUCAGACCUUCACUACAAUGAAUGAACAAGAUCCUGAAGCUUUGGUGAGCUUUCUCUCCAAACUGGGGCUGGACACCUUUUAUCCCAACAAGCUUACUCUACACUCACUCCUGGAAAUUCAUAAAAGCAGUUUAACAGAUGAAGCAGUUAAUUCUCUGGAUAAAAUCCCACAGUGUUUCCUCAGGAAACUGUUUAGAAUCAAUGCAGACUGCAGGGGUGGUGUGCAGCUACCAGACAACAGUGAAAAUGAUGAAGACAUGGUCGAUUUUCUAGAUGUUGACUGGGACCCUAUAGAUGGUUCUGCAGAGGAUAAGAUCAACCCUCUGGAUCUCAUCGUAGCUCUCUUUCUGUGUGCUGACAGCUUCCUGCAGCAGGAAAUGGCCUCUAAAAUGUCCAUGUGUCAGUUCUCAGUGCCACUGCUGCUGCCCCCCCACGGCAGCCAGAGUCCAUGCAGCCUGAUGCUCUGGGCUCUGAGAGACAUCGUUAAAGAGUGGCGUCCACUAGAGUUGUGUGAAUCCAAAGGCUUUGUUAAAAAGAGCAUAAUCCUGGAAAAUUUACCAUUUUAUUGCUUUGUUAGACUAAAAAACUGCACUUUGUCAAAGUCCCAGCUUUUGAACCAUGUUCUUAGCUGUGGACAACAGAACCACAACAUCUUCGUACACAGAGAUAUGAAGGGAGGAGCACAUGACAGGAGACUCGCCAGUGGACUGGUGGAGGUUUGUUGGUCUCUUCCGAGUGGCAACAAAAACCUUGACAAAUUCCCUGAACCAGUUGGUUUUGCCAACCUGCGAGGAGACAUCAGUGAGUCACUCCCACAGUUCAGGUUCCUUUACCAAGUGUCAGCUCUUGUUUUUGUUUUCCUGGACAAGGUUGAAGAAGAAGAACACAAGAUUCUGACAUCCCUUGCAGAUCUGCAAACCAAACUUUUCUUGGUUUUUAAUUGCAAGGAAGGCACCAGUAAACUGGAUGCACUUUCUUUUCAGAAACUGAAAAAAGACCUGAAUUUACCAGACAGCAGAGUAAAAAUUAGAAAAUCAAACCUAAAUGUUGCAGAGUUUUCAGAAAAACUUUGUUCUUCUAUCACAGAAUCAAUGACAAGUGGUGGAUUCAAAGUCAACAUUAAUUACAUGCAUGACAAAGCUGUUGAACUUGGUCUGUCUGUAGAUGAAACCAGAGGUGAUGACCAAAAGAAAGAAGCUGAGCAAACUUUAAAUGGAAUUCGGGUCAACAAAAUAAAAGACUACAAAGACAAACAGCUUCCUUUGCAAGGUGACAAGUGGAAAAGUUUAUCACAGCUGGAAAUGGAGGAAUGUAGACUGAAAAAAUGUAUCAAAACAGGGAUUGAGGAAUAUAAAUGUGAGCUACAGGCAGAAAAAGAAAAGAUCAUAAAUGAGCAAAGCAAAUACAAACUUUCCAGAGCAAUGAAAUGUUUUACCAAGGACUUACUAGAAGUAAACAAAAAAACAGAACAAAGCAGAGAGAAAACAGAAGACAGACGAGAAAACAGGGAUUUCUUUCUCAAAUGGAUACAAAUUCAUCUUAAUGCACAUUUGCAGUCUGACACUCAACUCUCUCAACUACAUAGUAAAAUCAAGAAGGAGAGCAGUAAAGAGAAAAAGGAUGAAAACCUGAUAGCAGAGUUAUACCAGGAGUUACUGGACAGCUCGCUAGGAAUAGAGCAUUACAUGAGGGAGAUGGGACUGAUCUACGAGUUCUCCACCAACAGAACCUCUGAAGAAAUCUGUCGUCUUCCUGGUGUAGCUGCUGACAUGCUGCUAGAUGGACAUCCUCUAGAGCUGCUGGAUGGAGAUGCCUCCAACAUCCCAGAGACAUGGGUGACAGACGUUCUGAUGGAGCUUCACAACAGGGUUGGAGGGAUGAGCAGACUAUUGGUACUGACCGUGCUGGGGGUCCAGAGUACCGGGAAGUCAACGCUUCUCAACACCAUGUUUGGUGUGCAGUUCCCUGUCAGCAGCGGAAGAUGCACCAGAGGAGCUUAUAUGAUCUUCCUCAGAGUUGGAGACGACGUGAAGAGUGAUCUGAACUGUGACUUCAUUGUUCUCAUUGACACAGAAGGUCUACGAUCUCCUCUGCUGGGUCUGCCAGAAGAGACUCUAGAGCACGACAACCAGCUGGCAACAUUUGUCAUCGGCCUAAGUGACGUCACUAUCAUUAACGUUGCAAUGGAGCAGUCAACAGAAAUGCAAGAUACCCUGCAAAUUGCGACUCACGCAUUCCUGAGAAUGAAUGAAAUUGGUAAAAAGCCAGUUUGCCACUUUGUUCACCAGAACGUUGCUGCAGUUUCAGCCAAUGACAGAAACUUGAGUGAAAGACAAAAGCUCUUAGAUCAACUUAAUGAAAUGGCUAAAGAAGCAUCUGAAAUGGAAGGUCUGCCUGAUGACAAAGCUUUCACUGAUGUGAUGGACUAUGACAUAAAUAAAAACAACUGGAACAUCCCAGGUCUAUGGCACGGAACCCCACCUAUGGCACCAGUCAACACAGGUUACAGUGAAGCUGUAGCAGAGCUGAAGAAACAUCUCUUACAGACAAUGUCAGGAGACAGCAAGAGACAAGCCUCCCAGAUCCCAGAGUUUCUAGAAUGGAUAAAAAGUCUCUGGAAAUCAGUGAAAUAUGAAAACUUCCUCUUCAGUUUUAGAAACUCACUUGUAGCUAAUGCUUAUGACACCCUGUGCAUUGAGUUCAAUCGGUGGGAAUGGGAGUUGAGAAAAAAGAUAUUCACCUGGCAAAAAGCUGUAGAAUUGGAAAUCCUCAACACUGACACUCAUUCUAAAGUCCAAGGUUUAGAGGACUUGAUUGAGUUAAAGAAAACUGAGGUUUCACAAAAAUUAACUGAUGAAGAAACACAAAUGAAAGAAAAACUUGACAAGUACUACGAGAAGAAAGAUGCUAAUGUCAAUUUGAUUGAGAAAUACAGAAAUGACUUUUUGAACAGCAUCGGGAGUAUUACAAAAGAAGUCAGGCUCUCGGUCAAUAACAAACUGGAUCAAACCCUUCAGCUGAAGAAAUGUUCAAUAGAGCUUCAGGAGAAAUUGCAGAAAUACAGAGAAGUGAUUGAAAAGCAGAUGAAAAAAUUUGUUAGUGAUGAACAACGAUCCUCACUGUCUGAUGAUGAUCUGAAAGACGAGUUUGAAAAGAUGUGGACUAAAGUAACUGAAACAAUGGUGGGCUUGAAUGAACAGAACAUAUAUGACAACAUCAUCAAGGUUUUGAGAGGAAGUUUCCUAAAUCGAAAGGUCAAUGAGUUCUUUCUAAACAUUGGAGACCUAAAGGAGAUUGGCAAAGGUCCAUUUCAGGUCAAACCUGAACAUAUGAAAGGUUUUCCUCUUUUUAAGUACCUUAAAUUUCAAAAUGAUAUGACAAGAGAUUUGCAGAAAAUUGCAGAUGAAGUCACUGAAACUUGCAGAACGAUGCUGAAUGAUGUUUUAGAGACAAACUCAGAUUAUCAUGAGUCUCUUACAAAGGAGCUUCUGGACAAAACAGAUCAGUUCCUUAAAACACACAAGAGAAAAUGUAAAACCAGGUUUGAGUUUGAUCUGAAGCUUCACAUCUGUGGCAUCGCUUCAAAAGAAUUCCUGAAAAUGCACCAGAAAUUCCUGAAAGACAAUGGUCCUCAAACUCAACUGGAGAAGUUCAAGACUCAGUACCUGACAGAUUUUCUUUCUUUAUAUAAACUGAGAUCAACAGACCAGGUAGAUAACUGUGAAUACAAAGCAAAUGUAUUUGUUCAGUCCUGUAUCGAGCCUGGUGUUAAGGAGCUCAUCAACAGAUCUCUGGGAAUAGACAUUAUGGAUGAAGUUUUAAAAAGCUCAGAAUCAGUAGAGUUCAGCACACGCAGCUUUUUCCAACAACACAUCAUGCAGGAGCUGCUGCUAAAGGGGGACUUCCAGAGUUUCCUUAAGUACAUUUCUACAUAUGAAAUCUACAUUAAGGACUGGAUCCGUCAGCACAUCCUGGACACAGUGUCAAAGAACGAAACUUUGUGCAAAAUCAGAAAGAAGAAACUGCAGGUGAUAAUUGAUCGAGUCUCACUGGCAAUAACACAGGCAUCAAAGAGAGCAGAUGGAACAAUGCUACCAGACAACAAGGAGAGCAUCACAGAGCUUAUAGAGAAUAUUAUGAAAGGUUUAAACAAAGACAUGCUGAUUCCAUUUGAGGCUGUAAAAGUGUCGUUGUUUGAGAUCCAAAGCACAAGUCAUUCAUUUAUCAAGAGCCUCAGAGUCGCUUUAGAUCAGUUGAGCAAACGGCUGCAGGAAGAAUUUUCAAAGUGUAAAGAUGUCAAAGAGACACUGGACAAACUUCCUGUCAAGCCACAGGAUGAGCUUUUUAAACGGGUGUUUGGUUGUGGUCAUCAGUGCCCCUUUUGUAAAGUUCCCUGUGGGGUUGGACUCAAAGAACAUAAGCACCAUCAAACAGCUGUUCAUCGUCCACAAGGUCUUGGUGGAUACAGAGAUUUUAAAACACAGAAGUUGUGGGUGUCACUGUGUACAACUGAUGUGCAAUGUCAAUCUUUGUUUAGAAACCAAGACACUGAGUAUCAGUGGCAUCCGUACAAAGAGUACAAAGAUUAUUAUCCAGACUGGCACAUUCCUCCAGACGUAACCCCUGAAGCCUCUGAUUACUGGAAAUAUGUCCUAGUAAAAUACAACGAAGACUUUGCUUCAGCAUACAAAGCUAAACCAGCUGACGUCCCAGAGGCUUGGAAGACAAUCACAGAGGAACAAGUGCUGAAUGGCCUAAAGGAUGCUUUCAAUGUCAAGUAAAAACAUAAAUACAGUGUGGAUUCACUAUAUACUUUAUGUUGUUAUAUUUAUGGCCUCAUUAAUCCAAACCAGCCCACUCUUUGGUCUAAGCCUCUGUGUGGAGCAGUAUGUUUAUCCUCAGCUCAGCUGUGCCAGAUAUACACAACACAAACAUAGACCUGGAGAUGGUGGUAGCUUAACGACGAGCAGGACCAACUAUUUGGUUCCUGUUACUCUGACCUUUGUUCUUCCAUUAAUAGUUGUCAUUUAGGCUUAGUUGAUCUAUACGGUGCGUGUCUAUAUACACAGAUAACAGCUCCAGCAGCCAUAAAGGGGUUCAGAUGAGUAAAAAUUAACACUUUGUGGUUUUAAAAUACACAGUUGGCAGUUUUUUGUUGAAAAUAAUUUUUUUUAUUUUAAUGAUCAUAAACAGCGUGAUAGAUUUCAAAAUA